AUGGGGCCCCCGGGCAAUAGGGGAUCAUGGGGCCCCUGUGUCCUUGCCCAAACUCAAAAAAGCCUAUGAAAAAGUAAAAAGAUUAUAUAGUAAAAUUAGUAAAUAGAUACCCAAAAAAUGUCAAACUUAACUGUGCACACAUAGGGCCCGGGGUCAGUAGAGGGCCCCAUGAGAUGCCCCUGGCAGGGGCGGACUGACAACUCAUGGGGCCCCCAGGCAAUAGGGGAUCAUGGGGCCCCUGUGUCCUUGCCCAAACUCAAAAAAGCCUAUGAAAAAGGUACCAGGGGCAUCUCAUGGGGCCCCCUACUGACCCCGGGCCCUCGGGCAGUGCCCGAGUUUCCAAAUGGUCAGUCCGCCCCUGCCCAC